AGGCAAUACCAGUCUAGCGUAUAACUGUUACAUUUUCUAGGCCAGGUCCUUUUUGAAUCUAUGUUUAUCUCCAAUCAGGAAGUGAAUUACUGACUCUUCGCAUUCCUCCAUCCCUAAAACUAUAGCUUUAUCUAAAAUGGAUAUUCCCCGCCGAGCCCAGCACUUUUUAGAGUGUGGCAUUGAAGAAUGUAAAAGAAACUGCGAGUUCUAUUGCAACCCUUGCCAUCAAAGAUUGUGCAAACAAUGCAGCGAUGCACAUCUGAAAAGUCCUGAAAACAAGAACCAUGAGGUGGUCCUUUACCAACAACGCAAACGACAACUUCUUGCGGAGAAAUGCAAGAUCCACCCCACUAAAGAUGUGGACAUGCUCUGUGAAGAAUGCCAGGUUCCAGUGUGUUCCAAAUGUGUUACACAGCAAAUUCAUCGGGGUCAUAUAUUUACUGAUCUAGAGACAAUUUAUGCAGAAAAAUAUGCAGAUUUCCAACAAGAAAUCUUUAAAAUCCAGGAAUAUUUUCUUCCCAUAUCACAAGAUUUACAGAAAGAAAUUAAAAAAGAUUCCUCAGAAAUGAAACACAUCAUGGACAACAUCAGAACAUCCAUGAAGACUGAAGGUGAAACCCUAAAAAGUCUAGUGGACACAGUCAUAUCUGAGAACAUGAAGCAGUUAGACCAGAUAGAAAAUUCACUAUUAGAAGAUCUAAACACCCAAGACAUGACCAUGGAUGAUUACAUCACUUAUCUUAAUAACCUUGUCAAAGAGCUCCACAGAUGCCUGUCCUCUUCAGAACCCCAGGAAUUAAUGUCUGAAAAGAAACCAAAGAUCCAAUCCAUACCAGAGACAACAAAACCAGUCACUCCAGAAUUUACUGCUGGUCAAUACAACAAAAGUGAUGUCACCAAAUUACUUGGUAAAAUACAGGUCCCCACCACUAAAGCAGAGAAGAGAGAAAUUAGGCCAAUUAAAAGUGUCUACAAUACAGCAAUGAAACCUACACAUAAACAGAUGAAAGAAGACAGAAAGAAAUCUGACAGGAAACAAACAUUGUCGCUAUCUGCCUCUGUCACCAAGGUCAGAGAGUUCAAUAUACCAGGUGUUAGGAAUGUAUACCAUGUAUCAAAAGAUCAAUCACACACACUCUGGAUCAGUGACGGUUUGGGAAAUCUUGUCCAAUUGGAUCUACAGGGAAAUGUGAUACAUAAGAUAAAAACCAGUGAUGGACGUGGUUGCCACACAGUCACACAGGACGGGGAUCUGAUCUUUACAGACAAAUACAACAGUGUCAUUAAUAGGAUAACGCAAGAUAAUAAUAUCACUGAAUUCAUAAAAACUGGAGUCUGGAGACCACUCAGCAUACACUCCUCCCACAUCAACGGGGACUUACUGUUGGGGAUGAAGAAGGAUGACGAGGCUAAAGUCACCAGGUACAACAAGACAGGAAAAGAACUAAAGAAGAUACAGAGGGAUAACAAAGGAUGGCAACUGUAUAGUGUACCAUACUACAUAACAGAAAACAUCAAUGGAGAUAUCUGUACAUCAGACCUUUAUAAUGAAGUAGUGGUGAUGAAUAAAUCAGGACACGACAGGUUCUCCUACACAGGUCAGAAGUCAGGGUUCCGUCCCUAUGGAAUCUGUACUAAUGUCCUCGGUCACAUCCUGGUGUGUGAUGGUUUCAGUGACACUGUUCACCUCCUAGAUCAGGACGGUCAGUUCUUGUCUCUGUUAAUCACAAAACAACAAGGGGUAAAGACUCCCCGAAGUGUGUGUGUGGAUGAUGAGAACAAUCUCUAUUUGGGACAAGGAGACACCAACACACUGACAGUGUACAAGUAUCUACAGUGAUUCUAAUUCUAGCAUAAACAUAUUGUAAUGUAUAUUGUAUCAAACUUUGAGGUAUCAAGUUAAUUGUGCAUUAAGCUAUCAUUUUUAUUACUUUAUAUCAGUUCAUGACUUUAAUCUUCACAUAAAAAUAAAAUCGUAUUGUGUAGAAUCACAUUUAUUCAUAUAAUCCGUGUGUUUUAUUGACAUGUUUAAUAGUUGGA